UAACACUACCAGUAGACGCGCAUUCGAAACCCAGCGGCUGUUGUCCUGACGUGUUUUUCUCUGCCUGCUGUCAGUGGAGCGCUGACUGCCUCCGACGCGGAGGAGCGGAGACACACGGAGACAUGGAUCUCAUCAGUAAACCCAGGAGCAAAUCCAUCGUGUGGCUGUACUUCGGUUUGAAGGCGGACGAGAAGGGGCAGCCGCUGAACUCCGGAGAGGCCGUGUGUCGCCUGUGCAGAAAAAUAGUGCUGGCGAAAGGUGGAAACACCACCAACCUCAGAAGUCACCUGAAGAGAAGACACCGAGCAGAUUUCUUCGAGAGCUCUACCCCCACGACCCCUGGAGCUUUGGUUGAGUCUCCAGGUUUCGAUCUCAACCAUGAAGAAUACUUUGAGGAUGUUCCAUUUCUGCAGAACGCUUCAAAUCAGAACUACGUCCCGGAUGCGGUGCUGCCGCCCGGGGAGCCCUGGCUCCACGGUGGCCCCUCUCGAGCAGUGCUGUCCCUGCCUUCCUGCCUGUGCCUGUGUGGGGAGGAUGGGUCUCUCAUGUCUGGUCCUGGAUCUUCUGGCGAGGAGCCGAUGGGAGAGGUGAAAGUGUACGCCAAGUGUCACCUCCAGCAAGGCGUCAUGUUUGGGCCCUACGUAGGAGAAAUGUGCAGGGGUCAAAUGCCGAACAGCCUCAAAUACGCCUGGGCUAUUAGAGAUGAUGCUUCCUUCAUCUACAUUGACGCUUCUGAUGAAAAUAAAUCCAAUUGGAUGAGGUAUGUAACAUAUACGAGCAAUGAGGAGGAGCACAAUCUAUUUGUCUUCCAGUUUUACCGUCACAUCUACUACAAGGUGUCCCAGCCCGUCACAGAGGGAGCACAGCUCAGAGUCUGGAUUGGGAAGGAUUAUGCCACCCUGCUGGGCCUCGGGAUGGGCGACAAUGUAAAAUGUGAAAUCGGAGAAAAGGAAACGGCUCUGCGCCUCCUGCAAGACAUCCAGUUGGUCACCCUCCCGGAGCCCAGCAGCACUUCCCUUUGGUCAGAUCACAGCCAAUCACAGAGCCCCAUGCCUGUCAUCAGUGACGUGACGACAGUGUCAAAUCCAGACUCGGCUAUUGAUCCGGGGGGCUUGUCUGGCUCCACCUUCCCCUCUACCUCCAUCAUGUCUUUCCCGCUCCCCAGCUCCCAGCUGAUGGAAAAGUACGAUUUUAUGCCUGGAACGGAGAAACUGCUGAGUAGCCCAAACGUCACGCAACACAGCCCAUGGUACUUUUUUGGGUUCGAGCCGGACCCAACUGGUCGGCCUCUGGACCGGAGCAGCGUGGUGUGUAAACUGUGUGGGGAGCGUGUGAGCUGCGCAGGAGGAGCAGCGGACCUCCAAAACCACCUGACCAGCAAGCACCACAUCAGAACACGUGACGGCAACAAGGAGCGGGGUCUUCUGAUAACGGGACCACAACACCCUCAGUCACUGAUGGGCAACAACAGCCUGGUCAACACAUUCCCCCUGGUUUUGUCUACUCAAGUGACCCAUGCCAUAAUCAACUUCCUCAUCAUGGAUCUCCAGUCCCCGGCUCUGGUGGAAGGGGAGGGCUUCAAACAGCUGAUCCUCACCCUCCUGCCCUCCUGCAAGGAUCUGCCGUCACCGUGUCAGCUUGAGUACCUCCUGAGAGAACACCACACCAAGGGCAAGGCGAGGCUGUCUCAGCUGCUGAUGAGGAAAACAGUAGGUGGAGACAACGAGGACAUAUCUGACUACACCGCUCCCAUCGAGUGUGAGCCCAGGAGGCGCGGCCGACCUCCCGGCCAUCAUAGGGAAGUUUAUCACUCUGUCACUGUAAGUGUGGACAUUUGGUCUCACAACUGGCAGGGCAACCCCGAGAGGUACCUCACCAUCUGGGCACACUGCAUAGACGCCAGAUUUAUGUCUAAGAACCUGGCCCUGGCAACCCAAAGACUGAUGGAGAGUGGGGUGAACGACUACACCCUGCGAGCAGUGGAGGCACAAGUCAAAGUGAUGGCACAGGAGUGGGGGAUCUCUCAGCCUAAUCUGGUGCUGCUGGGAGGGGAAGGAAGGCUUAUAAUGAGGCUGGGCACAAUAAAAGGGAAGAAGGGUGGAGAGGUGGUCGUAAGCGUCCCUCACCCAAACUCAACAACAUUUCUUGAAAGGGAUGAAUCCGUGUCACCCGAGGAAUCACAUGGCUCUGAGUGCAGCCAAUCCAGUGAGGGGCUUCCAUCUAUCCCGUGUUUCUUCAGCGUUGUGCAGGAAUGCAUCGAGGAAGUGAUGUCACAUCAUGUCAUCUCCAAGACCCUCUGCCAGUUUCAGGGUAUUGUAUCAACACUGUUCCUGCCGCUUGCUCAAACCAGAGGCUCAUUUCAGCUUCAUGUCCAGAGUCUGCUGCAGAUGCUGACGAGACAGGAACAGGCCGAGCUGAAGUCGUGGGCUCAUUGUCGGCCAGCGUGGAAUAAGCUCUACCCUCUACUGAGCAUGCUCAUCAAACAUAAAAUCCUUGUCUGUGAUGUAAUAAAAGAGACGAAAAUGCAGGAGUUGUCUAAAGGAGACGCUGCUUCAGAAACCAGUUCAUCUGGCAUCUGCCACGCAAACUCCACCUCCAACACGUCCUCAGCAAACCUCACAAUGCGUUCUGAUUGGAAGGUCCUGGAGGAUCUGUGUUUGGUGCUCAGACCUCUGGACGUGGCCUGUCGGACCCUGGCCAAAGAGGCCUUCCCUCGUCUGUCCCUCAUCAAACCCAUUCUCAUCGGCCUGCUCUCCCGCCACCUCGUCUCCCGGCCAGGAGAUUCGUUAUCCAUCUUAAAGGAAGUGAAGAGGAUGAUGAGGCGAAACUUGUCGAGCUGCUACGACAACCCUGUGGUCAACAGGGUUCUGUGCGUGGCAUGUUCCCUUGACCCACAGUUCCACGGGCUGGGCUUCAUGGAGGAAAAGGAGCAGACGGCUACAUUUGAUUGGUUGAAGAAAGAGGCCGUCAGGAUCGCGAAGGAGGAAAUGAGGAGGAGCCAUUGUAAGAGCCAGAGCAAGAGAAGCUCCUCCCCUGGGUCGCCAGCGUCAGAUAGCGACUUCCUGCGGAGGAGCAAACGCCUCAAAGACUCCCGCCCAAUCAACUUCAGAGAGGUCGACGAUGAGGACGACGACAGCGACAUUGGAGAGGCAGAUGAGAACGAGGACCCGGGCUCACAGAGUGCACUCUCUGGUAUGGAGUUCCUGCUGGGAGACCUGUUCUGCUCGACCCCCCGGAGCAAGAAGAGCUCUGUGGAGGAGUCUGUAGACAUGGAGAUGUCUGUCUUCAGGGCAAGUAAGGGGGCCUCGCUGGGAGUGGAGCCUCUGCAGUGGUGGAGGACGAAGGCUGUACAGUUUCCACUAUUGGCAACAGUUGCACGGGCCUACCUGGCCGCUCCCGCCGUGGCAGGCAAUGCCGCACUGGACUUUUUGCGGGAAGGAGUGGGAACCAUGUACAGGAAGAGAGCCAACAUUCCACCGGAAAGUUUGGACGCCAUCCUCUUCCUGCACCACAACCACAUGUCCACGUGUGACGCUGAUCAAACAGCAGUUAGGAACGAUGACAAGAACAGUGGAAGUGAAAAGGUCCUAUGAACGCACGCAAACACACACACACACACACACACACACACACACACACACACACACACACACACACACACACUCUUAAUUUAUCCAGAUUUAAACUGGAUUAUUACUAUAAACCAAAGCCCCCAAUGAAAGCUAGGGUUGAUAAUCCUGGAAAAGCUAGCAUGAGCAGGCUAUACUUUAAAGAAAUAACACCAAUACAUCCCACACCCUCCGUUCAGUGGUCUCCUCAAAGCUACGGCCACUAAACAGAUGAACGUGCACUGACUCACAACUGCUGGAAGUUGACUUUUCUGUGACUCGCUCGCUAACUUCUGGCUAUUGACUCUGCUUCAGAGGUGUGUCUCCCCAGCUGAAGACUUGUGCCAGCCUUUCAUUUCUUUCAGUCCAAAUGUUUAUCACAGUCAUGCAAAGGCCCAAAAGGCUCUGAUCAGCAAUGAUUCAAAAGAAACACCUGUGUGAACGCGCUAAUUUUGCAAAACAGCGAGGUAAGAGAGUGCCUCAGUUUUUGGUGUGUUCAUGAUGAACUGGGGAAAAAAAGAGAAAGGAAAAAUUCUGGAGGUCUUUGAAAAUAGAUGAGAGAGAAACUGAACUUUUAGACCCCUCCUCCCCUUUCAGCUGGAUGCAGAAAAAUCUGUAUUCGAACAUCACUUUAUUUCGCGAGUAUAGUUUGGAACUGUACGACUGACUUACAGUUAAGUUUCUUCUGUGUAUUAAGAACUCUGUAGUAUCUAGUGCCUUACUUUGUUUGAAUACAGUAGAUUGAAAGGUAUUCCUAUUUUUUUUAAUCCUUAAUGCCAAAUUCCAAAAAAACAUAUGAUGUAUAAAUGACAAUACAUGUGUAGACUGUCAAACUCUGUGGUUGUAUCGUGUGAAAGUUCCACCUUGUGACUAAACUGUUGCAUUUGUUUUGUGUUCUCCAAAGACAGAAUAUUAUAAUAUUCUAUAUAGAAGGAAUUCAACAAUUGUUUCAGUAAAUGAAACGACCCCUGUGAAGGAAUUAGGAGGGUGUGUCAGCAGAAAUGAAAAACAAUAUUAACAUUGAUAGUGAUGUUUUUAUUAGUGUAGAAUCACCUGAAACUAAGAAUCAAGUUGUCUUCACCUCAGAAUGAGCCCUUCAUAUCCAUAUCUGGUGCAGUAGCCCACCAUACUGUUGACCAAACUAUGGUUAUAGAGAGAGUCUUGACGGUGCCUGAAGGCCACAGCAGGUUCUCCUACACUCUCCUAACAUCUGUCCUGAGUGGUCAGAUCGCAAGUGAUCAGCACUCGUUCAUGUGUGAAAGCACCUAGAUGUGUCCUGAUCACUCAGACCUCAUUUGGAGAUGACACAGGUGGCCACACACACAUCGACUUAAGAGCACAGAGAAGCUUAAAAAUGCGUUUAAAAGGCACCAGCUGAGUAGGUGGUCCUUCCAACGUGGCCCAGGACACAUCUCACUCACACAGCGGCCACAUGUUGACAGGCUCUUCUGUUCACACCUGACAUUCGAAUGUGUCUCCUGUGACCACUUUAGAUCGCAUCGUUCAGGAUGGAUGUUAAUACCAGGUCUGAACAGGGCCUUUACACUGGUCCUUAAGAUCCCAGGAAAACAGUUUGAUCAUAAAAAAAUGACUUAUACUGAGUCAAAUUUGCUGCCUCAUGUAAAAUUGUUGAGGAACUUGUUUACUGCUUGUUACUGUAGAUCUGCUGUACUUCACAAGGUUAUAUUAAGAAGUGUAUUGCGCUUUUCAGUUCUACAUUAUAUACAGCCUACUUUUAUUGUUUUACACCAUAGUGUUUUUAGAAUCUUCCAUAUUUAACAUGUAUUUGUCUUGCUGUAAUGUAAACAUUGCAUACUUUUGUAAGUAAAAACUAUUCUAGCUCAUUUGAGUUCAUUUAAUCAUGAAUGAUAUGCAGUUUGGUGACCAGAUCUCAACAAAACAAAUGUAGGGUAAAGAAUAUGUUUGUGUGGAACGAGGCGGGACGCAUUACUAAAGAU